AUAACACCACACCUGUCAAUUUAUCGUUAUAUUUAACAUCUCUAAACAAAACAAAAAUAAGAAAACAGAAUUUUCUAAAAAAAAGUAAAUAAUUUUAAGAAUUUUUUAAAAAAUGCCACCAAUAGACAGCGACAGUGGUGUAAAAAUCAUGACCAAAUCUAUUGUCUGUGAAGACAGUACAUUGCGUGGUGACAUCACCAUCUCACCAGGAUGUGUCAUACAUCCCAGUGCCAGUAUUAUAGCAGAAGCUGGACCCAUUAUAUUGGGUGAAAAUUGUAUAGUAGAAGAAUAUGCUACUGUUGCAUAUCGUUUGCCGGAGGGAGACAAAAGUUCGGCGGUUGCUGGGGAUCCAGCACCGCCUUUAACUAUAGGAGCCAAUAAUGUAUUUGAAGUAGGUUGUACAGUGGAAGCUAAUCGUAUAGGUGAUAAGAAUGUUUUUGAAUGUAAAAGUUAUGUGGGUCCGGAAGUUAGUGUCAGCAGUGGUUGCAUAGUAGGAGCCGGAGUACGCUUGCAGUGUAAACAACAAUUGCCGGAGAAUACGGUAAUCUAUGGCAGAGAAUGUAUGCAGCGUGAGGCUAUAGAUAAACAUGCUUCUCAAACCUUGCAGAUAGAUUUCUUGCGCAAAGUUUUACCAAAUUAUCAUCAUUUGCGCAAACCUAAUCACGAUCCCAAGAAGUCACGUAAUGCUGUGUGAUAAUUUUGCAGUACAUUCUCUCAUUGAAAAAAUAAUUUGAUUAAUUAAAAAAAGUAUUUAUAAGUAAAUUAUUUUCAUGUAGCAGCAACUUUAUUUUUCUCAGUAAACACUUUAACUUCACUUUCAAA